UUUUGACUGUGUGUGACAGUGUGGGAGGAGGAGCAGGAGCAGAGGGGAGGUUCUGAGUAGAAACAGAGAGUCCAAUGUUUCAUAUUACACACUCCUCAGCUUGGAGGAGGGAAAAAGGAGAAGAAGAGGAGGAAACCUGUGACUUCUUCUCUUCGGAGGCAUUUAAGUGGGAGUUUAUGGAGGCUGCAGCCGUGGAAAAUGAAGAUCUCCUCUGUGGUGUUUGCUCUCCUGAUUCGAGCACUGUUCGGAGAUUUGUGUUUGGCCAUCAAUGUCACCAUCACCCCGUCCCCCUUCACAGUGGCCCAGGAGGGUCAAAACAUCACUCUGACCUGUGUUGUGUCCCAGCGGCGCCGGAAUGCUGCUUUACCAGUAGUGAAAUGGACCUUCUUACCGACGGGCACGGACCGCCAAGAGGAUGAACUCUUGAUUGCGCGCGUCAACAUGAGGAAGGCCCGAUUCUACGGCAACUACACCAAGAGCUUCUCCUGGCCCAAGCUGAAGCUGACGGUGGUGAAGCAAGGGAAGAUCUUUGACCUGCUGAUCUUGAACGUGUCCGGGGGCGACCGCGGGCUCUACAUGUGCCGAGUGCAGGAGUUUAAAAAGCACCAGGACCGGUGGAAGGCAGCAUCCAACUGCACUGCUUCUACGGAGCUCAAAGUGCAUGUUCUGCCGACCACCAAGGCCAAGGAAAGCCUGUGGAGCUUGUUUGAAGAUGUUUACUUGUGUGCAGCGCUCAUCUGUUCAGUCGGUCUCCUCUGCAUGUGCAUGUUCACCGUGACGGUGACAUGUCAGUACAUACAGAGGAAGCAGAGGUUAAAAGAUAAUUACCUGCUGGUCAAAAGUCCACAGAACAGCUCAGGGGAGACGGUCACCAGCGUGGUCAGUAUGUCUCCUGCUCUGCCACAGAAGGAGAGGAGGUACAGGAAGAAAAAGAACAGGAACCAUCAGGAGGAUUUACCACCAGAGAUUCCGGCCAAAGCUCCCAUCAGAGACAAAACAAGAAAACCCAAACUUUUAAAACCACAACCGAGGAAACUAGUGUUGCCGAAGAUUGUAGAGGAGAAUCUGACCUACGCAGAGUUGGAUCUGGUGAAGCCCAUUCCAGAGGCCAAGGCGUCUCGCAGCGGCACCGUCUACGCUCAGAUAUUGUUUGGGGAGCAGCAGCUAUGAGAGAAACACACACACACACUUACACACAAACAAACACCACUAGUGACUGUGCCUAAUGUUUAUAUUUAUAGUCUGUGUUUUUGUAUUAAAAUGAAGGUUGAAACGUGUGAAGUCACAAAACUACGAUGUACAGUAUGAUUUUAUACAAAGAACAAGAUGCAAAAGGGGAAAUGUUUCUUUUUCUUAUGGUUGUUUUUCCUUUUGCACACCUUUGUAGCUCAAGCUGGGAACACAAUAGAAGACUAAAAACUAGAUCGGAGGACGCCCACAGGUUCACAGAUUCCUGUGGUGUUUUUAAUGUUAUUUUUCUCUGGGGUGAGGUGAUAAGAAGCAUAAUUAUCUUAUUUAAUGUGCACAAAUAUGGAACGAGGACCACUGAGUCUUAUCAUUUUUUUAACUCAGCAGACACAAUGGAAGCAGAAAGCUAGCCUGUCUGCAAUCUUAAAACCUCUUGGAUAUCUGCUUACAACAAAGAUUAGCCUUAGGGGGCAACAGCAGUUUGGGCCUGUAACUAUAACAGGAGCCAAGACUCCGUCUUUGAUUCACAAUUAAGUGUUUAGAGUCAGAUGACAAACCCAGGAUGAGAGAAUGAAGUGAAUGAAUGAAUCUAAAGGUCCAGUGUGUAACUAACUAUAAGUGUGUUUGUAUAAGUGGAUAAUCUCUUUAAAAUAAAAAAUAAUUUCAGUUUUAUUAGCCUUAGAAUACGACUUUCAUACGCCUUGGUUCACGGUAGCUUCCGUAGUUAGGUGAGCUGGGGAGUUUUAAAUUGCAAUCUUCAGUCUUACAAUUUGACGUUACUAAUUCUUACACACUGGACCUAUAAGUGAAUCAAUACACUGACAUUUUAAUGAAUUGAAACAUAUACAGGCUGAGUGUAAGCAACCGUCUCUUUCCGCUGCCUUUCUCCCAAGAUAAGCUAGUUUACCUUCCUCUUCUUAAGUUACCCAUUAUUGUCUAAUCUAAAGAUCCAGUGUGUAACAUUUAGGAGGCUUUAUCAGAUAUACUACCUUUAUGUGUGUUGCUAUAAUUGUAUAAUCACUUUAAAAUAAAUAUGUGUUGGUUUUAUUAGCCUUAGAAUAUGACUUUUAUACAUAGUUUAGGAAAGAGUCGUCAAUAACAUCAUAUAUUGAAACAUCAAUAUGCAUCUAUGAGAAUCAACUGAGGUACAACUUGGCGAAUCUUCCAUUUGUUGCAAUCCUCAAUCUAACCACUAGAUGUCGCUAAUUCUUACACACUGGACCUAUAAACUCAAUUUCGACACAACCUUUUACUCAAAGCCCCACAACAGAUUUAUGACCAAGAGAACCAUUUACUCUAUUAUUAUGAAUAUAAACCAGUUCAGUUUUCAAAUGUGAUUUACUUCUAGUGUGUUCCCAGCGUUAUCUGCCUCGCAGCAUCUGUGUUCAGUCUGUGUCUGUGUCAGGCCACAGUUUUUAUAAUGACCACAACUCUGCAGACUUAACACUGAACUAGCGAUUAGCCCCCGCGACCUCCGCCCCCUUGCGGGCAAGCACAUGUGGGGCCGAGCCCUUUCAUCUGGCGCCAACGCCAACUUAACAGGCCGUUAAGCGACACACGUAUGUAUACAUAAAGGCGAGGGUGGAGCUGCAUGUGGGAUAAACAGCCGUUGUUUGUUGUCGUCGUCGUCGCACGACAAAAAUGCACAUACUGUAAAGCCAAAAAACCUGCAAGCAAUUGUGACACCUGGUCUACAGGGACAAACUGUGUACGGACUAUUUCACUGUAAUGAAAAUCUACUUCAAGGUGAUUCUAGAUAAGAGGCGGCGGCCACAUCAGCCCGUUAUGCCACAUGCCUUCGCCGUGGCCUCUUUGCUUUCUCACUUGAAUCUGAACAUUAAAGUGCACAGGAGUCUUUUUUUUCCCAUUUAAUGAUCUGCUGGAUUCAUGCAUGGAAAAAGCAAAGGGGAGGAGGAACAGUGAACUUGAAACCCAGACACAAAGGCACCGGAUCCUUCCCUCACCCAAAGAUUUUCACUAUCUAAUAUGAAGUGAUCCAUGCAGAUGGAGGGAGUCACACUUUCUCUCUCCCUGUGAGCUGCCCUUUAUCUUCAAGGAGGUGUUCUUAAUUAUUUUUUUAUUACAAAAAAAAAAAAACAUUGUAUGAUAUUAUUUUAAUCUUAUAGUCAACAUACUAAAAUAUGCCAAAUUUGUCUCAAAUGUUAAGGUUGAUGCCUUGUUGGUUCAUUAGUAAACUGCCGUUUCAGUUUUUGGUGACCUGUUUCAACAACAACAACAAAAAAAAGAUAAUUUUUGACACAGAACACUGAAGAAAUGUUCUGUAAACUUCAGUCUCCGCCGGGCGACCAGGAAACUAUGGCUUACAUGUUCUUGGACAAUUACACUAUACAGCAUAUAGAAUUACAAUGUAAAACCACUGUUGACCUCUGUGUUUGCUGGCGCUCCAGUUUUCCACUCAUGUUCUUUUCAGUUUUUUCUUUUCCCUGUGCUAAGUGACUGAACGUGACCUUGCAGUGGUGGGUAGAUGUGUCUCAGAAAUGCCCUAAAACUGUGAAAUGUAAAGUUUCUUCCACACCACAUUGUCCUUAAUGGGCGUCCGCUAACUAGAACCAUGUGUGUGCUCUCUCUCUCUCUCUCUCUCUCUCUCUCUCUCUCUCUCCCUGCCCACCACUGACCUCUGCAUCCACCAACAUUCCACCAUUUUGGUUCUUUGUCCUUGUUGUACAUUUCGAAUGUACAGUUUUGUAUCAGUAAGUGAAAUAAAAAAUGAAAGUUGAUGUAAACCGUG